CCUUAUGACACCGCAGAUUCCAUCAGAUCAUCACGACUGAUGAAGCUUGCAAGAUACUGUAGAUAUCACGGAAGCCUUUGCCAGCGAGUUCAUAUUGCGCAAAAGGAACGUCCACUCAUGCCCAUAAGUCAAGUUUUACAACAGCACUUGCGACCUUGGCUGGAAAGCGUGAACCGCCAUAACAGAAAUCAUUAGUGGGGUUACGUUUCGAACAUCCCACCUCGAUACCGAGAUAUUACGACAUUUACGGGGACACCUCUACAGUUUUCACGAUGUCUAUACCAGGGCUAGGAACAUCACAUCUUCAGCAGACCAAGCUGAGCAAUGAGGCCGUAGAUCUGUUGGAACCACUGGCGGACUGGCUAUCUACGCUAGAAUUUGCUCGCAAUGCACGAGAGUUGGAAAAUUUGGUACAUUCACAGCUGAGCGAGAAAAUGAAUUCUCUCCUCACUGAAUUAGGUCUCCUCAACAAGCGAUACUCUGUUGUCAGGAUCCCCGGGCCAAAAUCUCAACAAUUCUACAAUUCCGAAGGCUCUGCAUAUAUUAUACCUAUUCGAGUUGAAGACGGAUACCGUCCGACUGUUGAUGGACGCCCAUUAGUUCCCGGCGAAAUCACCUACAUGACCACUGCGGUAAUGGUCAGUCCAAAAUUGGACUUGCUAUUCGUACUCGAGUAGUUAUGUACUAAUGUGGCGGGCAGGACUGCGGCUGAUUGUAAGCGGUGUUGUAGUUGGAGGCAAAGGUGGCAAGGUCUUGAGGGUUGUCGUAGUCGAAGGCAGAGGUGGCAAGGUUAUGAGGGUUGUUGUAGUUGAAGGCAGAGGUGGCAAGGUCCUGAGGGUUGUUAAAGUCGAAGGCAAAGGUGGCAAGGUUAUGAGGGUUGUUGUAGUCGAAGGCAAAGGUGGCAAGGUUAUGAGGGUUGUAAUCGACAGCAGAAGUGUUUAAG